AUGUCGUUCAAUGGAGAGGAAGCGAAAGGCCCUUCUCAUCUCACGAACCGGAUCUCCCACGGCGAGGUCACAGCAAACUUUCGCCAAUGGAGGACGGCAAUUGCGGUCACUGCCGCCGUCCUUUUCACCGGUAGUGGACUGAUUCCAGUGUUAUUGUACUUCCUUCUCAGAUACGUCGCUCGACUGGAGCUAUGGAUAGUACUUGCAAUCAUAGCUUCCAUCCUAGGCGCGGGGAGUGUGCUGGCGUUGGUGCGCCGGACUUGGCGGCUUGUCCGGCCUGACUCAACAUGUCGUCCAUCACGAACAGGGAGAUAUCAGCUCGACUACUUCCAAUGGAACUUUCUGUUCGGUUUCAUCUACAUCGCCGCGUUGUUGGCUGUAGCCGUGGCCAUUGCCCACACCCUCGAUAACACUGCGGUUCUGCUUGUCAGUCUUCCUCUACCGCUGUUGGCUUUUCAGAUUAGCAGUCAAUUGGUAUUAGGCUCAAUGCUGGUCUGGCUGCGCGCCAAAUAUCCGUUUCGUAUUUCAUCGAUGGCAAAAGGCGCCUUGGUUCGACCAGGGGUGUACACAAUUAUUGAAGACGUGGUCGCGGUUGAUGGAGGACAGGGGGUGCAUUUCCGCCAGCUUCUGGAUGCUCGCUAUGGUUCGAGCAAAGCGCUCCAGGCCCUUCUACAACGGAUGGGCUGGGCCUGGGGCCUGUCCGGGCUGGGUGUGUCCAUCUUGCUCCUCGCCCUGAUUGGAAGCCUGACGAACAAGGAAAUAUCAUUCGUCCUCGGCUGGAUCGUACCAUGGGCAUGGGUGACCGUUCUUACGCUGCUCACAUACUUCAUCGUCAAAAAAGCCCAGACUUCUGAGGACGUCACUGCUAUUGCUUAG